AUGCUUUCACCACCCACAACGUGGUCUGCAGAGGAGCUGGCGGGCCUGGAUGCCGCGUCUGAGUUUGGCAGCGGCCCUGCCACUGCCUACGAAAUCAAGUUCAGCCAGUACAACCCCACCCCGGGCACGGGGCGCACCGGCUUCCUGCCUGUGCCGCCCAACAACUACCCAUUCUACAAGGGCGAUUCGCGGUACACCCCCGUGGUGCAGCCCGAUGGCGGGCAGCUGUCAGGCUACGUAACCCCCGGCAACCGUCUGGAGGGCCAGCCCACCAUCACGCUCACCGUCGUCAGCGAGCUGCACGACCCCUCUGAGUAUGGCUCCACCAGGGGCCCCGACGGCCGCCACAGCGGGGGGCCCUUCCAGAUUGCGGUGUCCCCCAAGAUGAGGGUGGAGGAGCUGCGGCGCAUAAUCAGGGACGCAGGCGGCGUGCUGCCGGCGCUGCAGCGGCUGUCGUAUGCAGGGAAGCACCUGGAUGACGCGCAGCGCACCCUGGAGCAGUACGGCAUUGCUUACUGGCACGCCAAGUUCCCGCACUGGCCCCUCAGGAUCCGCAAGCAUUGA